AUGAUUCCUCCGGUGGAAGCUGCAGACUGGCAAGCUGUGCUUCCUCGUCGCCCACAGGGCGUUCCUCCCGAGCUCAGUGGCUUCACGGGCGAGUUAAUAUUCAUCCUUCUCUGCUCCAUGGGCCUGUUCCUCUUCGGCCUCUUCCUCGGAAACGUCAUUAUCAACCAGGCCGUAUUCCCUCACGCGCUCGGGGUGAGCGAAAGCAAUACGCCAUGGUUGAUCGGUUCCUUCCUGCUGGCGAACGGCAUCGCCGUGAUUGUCUCCGGAUCGCUGGCGGACCUGUCGAACCCGAAGCUUCUCAUGGUUCUCGGCUUCGGCUGGCUGGUCAUUUGGAAUAUCGUCGGGGUAUUUAGUAUCCGUCCCUCACUGCCAAUCCUCUUUUUCGUGGUCCGGGCCAUGCAGGGGCUCGCCAUUGGCGUCCUACAGUCGACAUCGAUGAGCCUACUGGGGCGGGUGUACUCGCCUGGGAUUCGCAAAACGAGGGUAUUUUCAGUCAUGUCCGCAAUGACGCCCGUAGGUUUCCUCAUCGGCUGUCUGCAAGGCGGAGCCCUCACAGUACACCUGCCCUGGAUCUUCGGGAGUAACGCCAUAGCCUCCUUCAUCUUCGCAGUGGCCUCCUUUUACGGUAUCCCUUCGUUCGCCCCGAAGGCUGGUUCCUCCAGUGACCAACUAUCUCUCAAACACUUCGACGCCCUCGGCGCCGUUCUCGCUGCCCUGGGCUGCGGGCUAAUCAUCCUCGGCCUAACGCAAGGCGUCCCCAGUGGCUGGAGCCCCUACACUUACUCCCUCAUCAUCGUGGGAGCGGUCUUUCUAGUUCUAUUCUACUUCGCGGAACGACGGGCAUCGCGACCCCUCGUCGAUAACCGUCUCUGGACGACCCCCGGAUUUCUCCCCCUCGCGAUCUCCUAUUUCCUCGGAUACGGGGCAUAUGUCGGGGGAUGGAUGUUCUUCGCCGUGCGAUUUCUCCUCACAAUCCAGGGCCAUGCACCAAUCACCGUGGCUCUCUUCUUCAUUCCUAAUAUGGUCUGCGGCAUCCUUGCCACCUACAUCGUGUCGAAAACGCUUCAUCUCGUCCCGGGACACUGGAUCCUCAUCGCCGGAAUGGUCGCUACUACCAUGGGUCCGGUCUUCUUUAUCCCCCAAACGCCGAAUACCAUCUACUGGGCGCUGUCGAUGCCGGGGAUUGCCCUCGUGACCUUCGGACCGGACCUGACAUUCGCAGCGGCGUCCAUCUUCAUCACGUCGAACGUGCCCCGCUCGUUCCAGGGCUCCGCCGGGAGUCUCCUGGUGACGAUUCAGAACCUGUCUGCGGCCAUUGUAACGGCCAUUGGAGAUACGAUCGGGAAGGAAGUCACCCAAGCGGGCGGCGACGGUUAUAGUCUGGACUUGGGUGCUUUACGCGCGAUUUGGUGGUUUAGUUUCGCAAUCUCGCUGGCGGCGGCGGGGGUUUGUGUGGGGUUUGUACGCAUCCCGAGGAGCGAGGAGAAGGACCACGUCGAGUGA